GCUGGAUCUGCCCUUGAAUCCCUGGAGGAAAGCCCUGGCCCUCUCCUGACACACUUCAUCCUAGCUGUGAAGGUAUUUCUGGAAGAGACACAUGAAAGUAAGCAGGGUACUGAAAGGAAAGCCAGUGUGGAAGCCAGUGCCCGGAGGUGGAGGCGGCUCCUUCAGAGAAGACAGGGAAGCUUUGUGUGUCCCCAGCAUGAGGAGCCCCCACUUUCCCAUCUCUCAGGCCAGCUGCAUCCCAGCGACAUGCAGGGGCUCCUCUGUUCCACUCUUCUCUUCACCGGGCUGGCACAGUUCUGCUGCAGGGCACAGGACACAGGGCCAUUAGACACAACUGAAAAAGGGCCCAGAGAAGCAACAGAAGCACAUCAGCGUAAACAGUUUUGUCACUGGCCCUGCAAGUGCUCCCGUCAGAAGCCCCGCUGCUCUCCUGGAGUGAGUUUGGUGAGAGAUGGCUGUGGAUGCUGCAAAAUUUGUGCCAAACAACCAGGAGACAUCUGUAAUGAGGCUGACCUCUGUGACCCGCACAAAGGGCUGUAUUGUGACUACUCAGCAGACAGGCCUAGGUACGAGACUGGAGUGUGUGCAUACCUUGUAGCUGUUGGAUGUGAGUUCAACAGGGUCCAUUAUCGUAAUGGCCAAGUGUUUCAGCCCAACCCCCUGUUUAGCUGCCUCUGUGUGAGUGGGGCAAUUGGAUGCACUCCUCUGUUCAUACCCGAGCUGGCUGACAGCCAGUGCUCUAGAGCUAAAGAUGGAAAGAAUUCUGAUCAGUCCAAGUGCAGCAUGGGACCAUUACAAAGGCAGCUCUCAACAAGCUUCAAGACGAUGCCAGCUUUUAGGAAUCUUCCACUUAGUUGGAAAAGAAAAUGUCUCGUGCAAGCUACAAAGUGGACUCCCUGCUCCAGAACAUGUGGGAUAGGAAUAUCUAACAGGGUCACCAAUGAAAAUAGCAACUGUAAAAUGAGAAAAGAGCAAAGACUAUGUUAUAUUCAGCCAUGCAACAGUAAUAUAUCACAUACAGUAAAGAUUCCUAAAGGAAAAAGAUGCCAACCUAUCUUCCAACUCUCCAAAGCUGAAAAAUUUCUCUUUUCUGGGUGCUUAAGUACUCAGAGUUACAAACCCACUUUUUGUGGAAUAUGCCUGGAUAAAAGAUGUUGCAUUCCUAAUAAGUCUAAAAUGAUUACCAUCCAAUUUGAUUGCCCAAAUGAAGGCUCAUUUAAGUGGAAGAUGCUCUGGAUUACAUCUUGUGUAUGUCAAAGAAAUUGCAGGGAACCUGGAGAUAUGUUUUCUGAGCUCUUGAUUCUGUAAAGCUAAGGUUAGUUGUCAUGUCAUAUAAUCAAAAAACUAGAGUGGUUAUAAAAGGUUGGCAAUACUUUGAGUUUAAAACAUAAUAUUCUCUGGUAACUGCAUUGAAGAUAUCAAAAGUAUCUAAAAGAGGUUCUAAAAAUAUAUGUAAAACCUGAAAAACCUGAAAUUGAACUCAUUUUUAAAAUAUAUGCUAUAAUGAUAUAAUUUUGGUACCACACAAGCAGUCCAUAUAUAAUAAAAGCAUAAUUUAUAAGGAAAUAUUUUAUUCUACAAAAUAAUCUGGAACACUUUGCUAAUGAGGUGUAAAAAGGCAUAUUAAAUUUUAAAAAUUUAAUCUAUAUGUGGCAAUAUGUAGGCUUCUAUCAGAUAAUCAUUAUAGGGCAAAAAAGAUUCUGUAUUCCUGAAUAGAAAAAUAAGAUUAAACUAUAAACAUAUUUAUAAUUUUUAAUGCCCUAUACUAUCAGUUAAGAUUUCUCUUGGGAAAGAGAAAAUAAAGCUUCUUUGGCUACUGUUAACAAAUGUACUAUGUUUAGUAUAAACAAUGUAUUAUGUUUAGUAUAAAUACUAUGAAAAACUAAAUUUCCAAGAUAAAAGACCAAGAAUAGUAUUACUUUGCAAAGGAAACUUAAAAGCAAACACUAAAGAAAGCACAUAACAGAUUAGUUUGUCUUGAAAACAAACUGUUCCUACAAAUCACUUCCUUAAAUGAUAUGACUAAAAAUAAUGUUAAAGAAUCAAAGUGGAGACUAUAGUAACUGGAACAACUUCAAUAGACUAUUACAUAGCCAGUGAAGAAAGUUAUCAAGCUUGGUAAUGUUUUAUUUACUUAUAUACUGGUGAUAUGUAAAAUAACAAAUAGUACUGUUUGAAAAUAUGUACAUUUAUUACAAAAUCAACUGGAUUGAUAAAAAAGCAAUGAUACUUAAAAAUAAUUUAAAACAUAGUAUAAACAAGUUUUUUAUAGAAGAAAUACAAUCUCUUUAACAGUUAUAAUAAAGCCUGUCUCUGAAGUUAGUGGAUAUUACAUGGAAAUAUUUAUAUUUUAUGUUCUUCAAUUCCUAGUAUAUACUUUUAAAGAAUCAAUUUAAACAAUAUCAAAAUAUAAAUUAUAAAUAAGUAUAAAAAGUAUAUCUGUACAAGUUUUUUUUUUUACCAAAGACAUGAUUAUUGGUGUAUAAGUAUUAGGCAAUAAAUAAAGCAAAGGCAAAUUGUUAAAGAACUCUGUUCUCUCAAUUUUAUAAACCGCUUAUAGUGAAGGUAAUAGGAUUUACUAAUUUCACACACUGGUAUCAAUGAAUUGUGAUUAAACAGAAACCACUCUUUUUUAGACAAUACUCUGAUAUGAAAAACAAAGUGAAUUUUCUAAAUCACAAAAAUGCUAAAAAAAAAAAAAUGUGAAAUUAGGAAAAAGUGACAA